UCAGCAACUAUGGCAACAAAAUGUGGACCAACAAUACCGUUAGUGAGAGCCAUUUUUGCCUCAUUUUCAUUUAAUAAAUGUUGUGUUGUGUGACUGUGUUUCAGUUGUACUGGGGAAGAAUGUCUGGAGUGUGACAUACACCAAUCAGAGUAUCUGUGCCUUGAAGGGGUGAACAGUGGAGAUGACCUGCUCUUUCAGCUAUCCCAGAGGUCAUAAGGUCACAUCAACCUUCUGGUUCACUAAAAUUGAGACUGAAGAUCUUGGUCAGAACCCAGAGUAUGCAGGUCGUCUGGAGUAUCAUGGAGAUAAGAAGAAAGACUGUACCCUGAGAAUCACAGACCUGAGAGAGAGAGACUACGUAUUGGUUCAGAUUAUUAACAGAUCAGGAAUGAGGGACAUUUACUGGAAGUCCUGGAGUGACCUUGUCUGUCACAGAGUGAUAAGUCACCCCACCUACAUCUGGUACAAGAACGGACACAAAGUAAAGGAGGACACUUCCAGCCUGGACUCAGACUCCUUUAGUGAUGCAGACAGUUACUCCUGUGCUGUAAAAGGCCAUGAGGAUCUCCUCUCUCCUGCAGUGUAUAAGAAGUGUUGGAGUGUGACUUACACCCAUCAGAAGAUCUGUGCCUUGAAGGGGUCAACAGUGGACAUAUCCUGCUCUUACACAUAUCCCAGUUAUCAUGAGAUCAAACAAGCUUUCUGGUUUACUAAAUGGUCUGGUGUGGAGGCUGAAGAUCUGAGCUCAGUGCCAGGAUGUUGUGAUGGAGAUGGAUCCUACAUCUGUGUCAGAGGGGGAGAGAGUCACACUGAGAUGUAGAACCAACUGUACACUGGACCCCAUCACAGUCUACAGUUGGUAUAAGAAUGGACAGUCUAUACCAAACAGCAACACCUCCUCUCCUGUCUAUAUCCUGUUCUCAGUCAGCAGUGAGGAUACAGGCAGAUACUCCUGUUCUGUAGAAGGACAUGAGGAUCUCCCCUCUGAUGAAGAGACUCUCACUGUCACAUAUGGUCCAUGGAACACCUCAGUGUCAGUCAGUCCCUCUGGUGAAAUAGUGGAGGGCAGUUCAGUGACUCUGACCUGCAGCAGUGAUGCCAACCCACCUGUGGACAAAUACACCUGGUACAAGAAGAACGUAACCUCACCAAAAGCAUCAGGACAGAGUUACAGCAUCACUGACAUCAUCUCUGAGGACAGAGGAGAAUAUUACUGUGAGGCCCAGAAUGGAAGAGGAUCUAUGAACUCUACAGCUCUGAUGAUCAUUGUAGCAGGGAAACAGACCUCAGUUCUAACUGCAGCUGUAGGAAUCAUAGUGGUUGUUCUGGGUGUCAUACUGGCUUCAUGUCUCUCUGGACUCAUGUGGUUCAGGAAGAAGGUCUCCAAAACCACCUCUGACACAAGACACACGGCAGGCAAUGGACAGGGAGACUCUAGUCCAGUGUAUGACAACAUCUCAGGCAUGGCAAUGAACCCUACUGCAGCACAGACAGCAGCCACAGAUGACCAGGAUGAUGUUCACUAUGCCAGUGAUGUUCACUCUCGCUUAAAAAACCAGGAAGUGCCUCUCUACUCCACCGUCCAGCUGCCUCAACCCCAGAAAGAGGAUGAGGAUGUCCAGUACGCUGCUGUGAAUUUCAACCUCCCCAGUGCUGCCACCUGGUCCACGGUGGUACAAGCAGCUGAGGAGGAUCCCUCUGUUCUCUACAGUACAGUCAACAAACCCAGAACCAAGAAGUCCUGAACACAAUAAACCCAGAACCAAGAAGACCUGAACACAACAAACCCAGAACCAAGAAGACCUGAACACAACAAACCCAGAACCAAGUAGACCUGAACACAACAAACCCAGAACCAAGAAGACCUGAACACAACAAACCCAGAACCAAGAAGACAUGAACACAACAAGCCCAGAACCAAGAAGACCUGAACACAACAAACCCAGAACCAAGAACUGAAAACAACAAACCCAGAACCAAGAAGUGAAAACAACAAACCCAAAACCAAGAACUGAAAACAACAAACCCAGAACCAAGAAGACCUGACAAACCCAGAACCAAGAACUGAAAACAACAAACCCAGAUCCAAGAAGACCUGACAAACCCAGAACCAAGAACUGAAAACAACAAACCCAGAACAAAGACCUGACAAACCAAGAACCAGGAACUGAAAACAACAAACCCAGAACCAAGAAGACCUGAACACAACAAACCCAGAACCAAGAAGAACUGAAAAUAACAAACCCAGAACCAAGAACUGAAAACAACAAACCCAGAACCAAGAAGACCUGACAAACCCAGAACCAAGAACUGAAAACAACAAACCCAGAACCAAGAACUGAAAACAACAAACCCAGAACCAAGAAGACCUGACAAACCCAGAACCAAGAACUGAAAACAACAAACCCAGAACCAAGAAGACCUGACAAACCCAGAACCAAGAACUGAAAUCAACAAACCCAGAACCAAGAAGACCUGACAAACCCAGAACCAAGAACUGAAAACAACAAACCCAGAAACAAGAAGACCUGACAAACCCAGAACCAAGAACUGAAAACAACAAACCCAGAACCAAGAAGACCUGACAAACCCAGAACCAAGAAGACCUGAACACAACAAACCCAGAACCAAGAAGACCUGACAAACCCAGAACCAAGAACUGAAAACAACAAACCCAGAACCAAGAAGACCUUGUAUAUCUGGACCCGUAUAUAAUAACUAAGUGGUAUAAUUAAGCAAUAAGGUUCGAGGGGGUGUGGUAUAUUUGCCUAUAUACUGUACCACGGCUAAGGACUGUUCUUAAGCACGACACAACGCAGAGUUCCUGUAUACAGCCGUUAGCUGUGGUAUAUUGGCCUAUAUACUGUACCACGGCUAAGGACUGUUCUUAAGCACGACACAACGCAGAGUUCCUGUAUACAGCCUUUAGCUGUGGUAUAUUGGCCUAUAUACUGUACCACGGCUAAUGACUGUUGUUCUGCACAACGCAGAGUGCCUUGUUACAGCCCUUAGCCGUGGUAUAUUGACCAUAUACUACAAGCCCGAGGGCCUUAUUGCUAUUAUAAACUGGUUACCAACAUAAAUAGAAAGUAAACAAAUAUGUUGGUGUCAUACCAGUGUUCUAUUGUCUGAUAUACUGUAUGUGUAAAUGAAAUGCUUAUUCAGCAAAUCAUCAUCCAGGACCUAAACUACCUGGUUUAUAAUAGUAUCUAGUAAUAUACAGUGCAUUCAGAAAGUAUUCAGACCCCUUGACUUUUUCCACAUUUUGUUAUGUUACAGCCUUAUUCUAAAAUUGAAUAGAGUUUUUUUUCCUCUCAUCAAUCUACACACAAUACCCCAUAAUGACAAAGCAAAAACAGGUAUUUAGAAAGGUUUGCAAAUUGAUUAAAACAUUUCUUUACAUUUUUUACAUUACAUUUAAGUCAUUUAGCAGACCCUCUUAUCCAGAGCGACUUACAAAUUGGUGAAUUCACCUUCUGACAUCAGUGGAACAGCCACUUUACAAUAGUGCAUCUAAAUCAUUUAAGGGGGGGGGGGUGGUUGGUUUGUUCUGUAUUAAUUUUUUACAUUUUCAAAUGUUAUUCAACCCCGAAGUAGACCUGACUCCACCCACUUCUCCACCGAAGUAGACCUGACUCCGCCCACUUCUCCCCCGAAGUAGACAUGACUC